AUGGAGUCCGUCCUGGUGGGGAUGGGCACCGACUACGACCCCCAGCGCCUGUCUGCAUCCUUCCGUGAUAGGAGGCUGGGCCUCACCUCCCGAUCGAUUGCCGUCUUCUCAAAGCUCAGCGUAUUUGCAGCCAAGGUGGCUCUGGACGUAGCACAAGGAAAGUUCCUGGAGCGGGCUGAUGUCAGAGCCCCCGAGCUGCGCGACCUCCUCGCGAGUCUGGGGCCGGCGUUCAUCAAAGUCGGGCAGGCUCUGUCAUCCCGUCCCGACCUGCUCCCCCCGGAGUACCUGGCGGCCCUGGCGACGCUGCAGGACCGGCUCCCGCCCUUCCCCUCUGACACUGCCAGGCAGCUCAUAGAGGCCGAGCUGGGCCGGCCCAUCUCCCAGGUGUACAGCGAGCUCACGCCCGAGCCAGUGGCAGCCGCGAGCCUCGGACAGGUGUACAGGGGCCGGCUGAGGUCCACGGGCGAGGAAGUCGCUGUGAAGGUGCAGCGGCCGGGCAUCCUGGAGCAGAUCGCGCAGGACAUGGUGCUCCUGCGCCGCGUCAUUUCGGCAGUAGACAAGCAGCCCUCCAAAUUGUCCCUGUUCUCCCAGCCCCUGACGCCACUGGUGGACGAGUUUGCGGCCCGGCUGUUUGGCGAGCUAGAUUACAUGCAGGAGGGCCGGAAUGCUGAGCGUUUCCAGGCCCUCUAUGGCACCAUGCCGCAGGUGAGGACACCUGCGAUCAAGUGGGAGGCCACCUCCAGACGCGUCCUGACCAUGGAGUGGAUCGAGGGCGUGAAGCUGACGGACAAGGCUGCCAUGGCUCGGAGUGGGCUGUCGGUGGUACAGUUUGUGGACGUCGGCAUCGAGUGCUCCCUGCGGCAGUUGCUGGAGCAUGGUUUCUUCCAUGCCGACCCCCACCCAGGCAACCUGCUGGCCACGGCAGGCGGGGACCUGGUGUACCUGGACUUUGGGAUGAUGUCAGAGAUGCCGCAGGGCGCGCGCUAUGCUGUCAUCGCGCACAUCGUGCACCUGGUCAACCGCGACUACCGCGCCAUGACGCGUGACUACUACGCGCUGGACUUCAUCGACCCCAGCAUCGACACCAGCCCCAUCGCCCCCGCGCUGGCCGCCUUCUUCGACGACGUGCUGACCGCCUCGGUGUCAAGCCUGAACUUCAAGGCGCUGGUGGACGGGCUGGGGGAGGUGCUCUUCCGCUACCCCUUCCGCGUCCCGCCCUACUACGCCCUCAUCCUGCGCUCCCUCACUGUGCUGGAGGGCCUUGCCCUGUCCAGCGACCCAGACUACAAGCUGCUGGCUCAGGCCUACCCCUAUGUCGCGCGGCGGCUUUUGACUGACCCUGCGCCCGAGCUCAGGGCGUCGCUGGAGCAGCUGGUGCUGACGCCCAGCAAGCAGCUGGACUGGGAACGACUGGAGAACCUGGUGGAGAACGGGAGCCGAGCCGCGGAGUUUGACCCCGGCCAGGUCUGGCUGCUGGCCGAUUGGGUCUGCUCGCCCGCCGGCACGGGGCUGCGCGCCAGCCUAACCGCGGAGGUCACGGCCCUGCUGGACGCGGUGGCGGCACGCGCAGCGCGCGCCGACUUGGCGGCCCGCCUGCGCAAUCCGGGCCUGGCCGCCCGUCUCGUGCCGGAGGGCAGGGGGGAGGCCGCCAGCGCCGCGCGCGCGGAGCUGCUGUGGCGCCUGGCCCGGGAGACCUCGCACGCCACCACCUCCCCCCUGGCUGGCGUGUUUGGCACGCUCGCCGACCUGCAGGGCACGCGCCCUGGCGCGGCGCUGAGGCAGCUGCAGGAGCUGCUGCUCAACGCCCCGCCCGAGCUUAAGGACGGCUUUCUGCGUCCCGAGGUUCAAGAGAUGGUGGCAGGCGUGCAGCUGGGGCUGGUGCAGCGGGCCGCUGCUCGGGCGGUGCAGGUGCUGGCGUCGCCCUGGGGCAACAACGUCCCGGCAACGGGCGAGGGCAGGGGGGCUCAGCGCGGAUUCUUAUAG